AUGGAGCAAGAACUACUGUUGCUCCUGGCAGACACCCAGGCGACCUCAGCGGACACCAGACAUGCCGCGGAGGCUCAGCUGGCCCAGCUCAAAGCGAAUGAGUCGUUCCCGAUCUCACUGACAGCCAUCGCUUCUCAUGAGUCUGUCCCUGUUAAUCUUCGACAGUCAGCUCUGUCUGUUCUGAGAACAUUCAUCACCAGCCACUGGUCCUCCAAUCUCGACGACUUCGAGGGCCAAGUCCUCGUGAACGACUCCAACAAAUCCCAGAUCCGCCGUGCCCUCCUCGAGUUAGCUACCACAAUCGAGACACCCGAGCGAAAAGUCAAGGCAUCUGCAAGCUAUGCAGUCAGUAAGAUCGCCAGUGCCGACUUCCCGGAAGACUGGCCAGAGCUGCUACCCACCAUCCUCCAAGUCAUAAAUGACCCCGCGUCUAGCGACAACGCUGUACACGGUGCUCUCAAGGUGCUUUUGGAUCUUGUGGACACUGGAUUCAGCGACGAGCAAUUCUUCCAAGUUGCGCGCGAUUUAGUCUCCUCCUUGUUCACAGUGGCCACUUCCGAAACCCGUCGCCCAAUGCUUCGAGCACUCGCCGUGGCUGUCUUCCGAUCUUGCUUCGAUACCCUAGAAAUGGUUCUGGAGCAACAUAAAGUGGCCAUUAAACAAUUUGCGGACAUGUUGGUUGCUGGCUGGUCCCCAUACUUUGUUGAGACUUUGAAAGCUCCAUUGCCCCAGGCCCCGUCACCGGAGGAGGCGAAUAAAGUAGGCGAGAUUGCUUCUCAAUGGCGUGGUAUCGUUGCCUUGAAGGUUCAAAUUGUCAAGACUCUCAUGAAGAUUCGUACAGUUUUCCCGGGGUUGUUGGCUCCUCAAAGUCAGGGCUACUUCUCCACUAUCUGGACUGAACUUGCCAAUAUCCUCUCACUAUACCUGAACUUUUAUAUCGAGAAUGAACGUCAAGGACGACUAGAGGAUGUUGAUGGCCUUCCAUACUCGCUUGACUACCUCGUCCUCGAGGAGCUCGACUUCCUUCAAACAUUGCUGAAGGCGCCGCUUGUGAAACAGGGUCUUGCACAACAGUUGCAGGACGCCGGCGCAGCCGCAUCUUCAACAGGCUGGCUACCCGAACUCGUGAAGCUGGCUGCAAGCUUUGCGCAGAUCACUUGUGAGGAGGAGGGGCUGUGGGAAUUCGACGUGAACAUCUUCCUGGCGGAGGAGACUUCAGUCACUGCGAAUUACACACCACGAACUUGCAGUAGUGACUUGAUCAUCAAGCUUGGUGACUGGUUGAGAUUGCAGACCGCUGAGGCCGUCUUUGCGCAUUUGAGCGGUUUGUAUGCGAACGAAGGGGCUUCUUGGAAAUCUCAAGAAGCGUCGCUCUAUCUUCUUGGCUUUCUUCUACGUGACUUCGGCGAGGAGACCUUCCAGCCCAUUCCCGAGGAUCUUGCCAACCGUCUCAUGCCAUUUAUCAGCCAUGCUAUGGGACAGGGCGAGGAUCUCUUGCGCGCAAGAGGCUAUCUUACGGCAGGUGCAUUAGUCAAAGCUGGAGGCACAAUGCUCAAGGAGCCGACGGCCCGUUAUCUAGAAUCCGCUCUCAAGGCGAUCGCUGGAGACCCUUCCGAGGUCGUCAAGGUUGCCUGCAUUCGGAUUCUUCAAGACCUUAUGCCAAAUUUGCGUGGUGACGAUGCUUGUCACGUCCAGCCAGCGGUAAUCUCGGCCAUCUCAGACUAUGUCUCGGCGCAUGACCUUCGCGACGGAAGUGACUCUGAUGAUCUCAAGGUCACUUUAGCCGAAACAUUGCGUGAUACCAUCAUGGUCGACCCAUCAGUAGUCUUGUCCACCAAGGCCAUCGACGUGCUGUUCAGAGUUGCUAGCAGCGGCGCCGACAACUUCCAGCUGACCAUGCUUGUGACCGAGACCUUCGAGGACAUUGUCGAGCAGGUUUCUGAAACCGGGCGGCAGUCUUACGACAGCCUUUGUGCGAAUGUCCUACCUUCGUUCAUGGCCGCCAUGAACGUCGGGGACCUGACUGAGGAGGAUGAUCUGACCGUGUUUGCGGCUGAUUUGCUCCGCGCCCUCGUUGAAGGCGGUGACGGCCCUCUGCCAGUGGGCUUCGUAGAGACGGUCAUGCCCAAGCUUACUCGUCUGCUGAUGGAAGCUGAAGAAGGCGAGCUGAUUCGGCCUGUGACCGGGACGGUCCGCCAUAUGCUUUCCCGUGACUUCACCACGUUGGCAAAUUGGCGGGACGAGCACACCGGCAAAGGGGCCGUUGAGGUCGUCCUGAUCAUCAUCGACCGCCUCCUGGGUCCCUCUGUGGAUGAUAAUGCGGCCACAGAGGUUGGCCAACUAGCUGCGGAAUUGGUUGAACGCGCAGGCUCCCAGGGUCUGGGGGAGUACCUUCCUCAACUGCUUCAAGCAGUGGCCCAACGCCUGUCGACCGCUGAGCAGGCUCAGUUCAUUCAGAGUCUGGUUUUGGUCUUCGCUCGGUUGACCCUCAUCAGCGCCCAGGAAGUGGUAGACUUUUUGUCCCAGUUGAAUCUGAACGGACACAGUGGCUUGGUGGUGGUGCUGAGCAAGUGGCUUGAAAACUCUGUCAAUUUUGCCGGUUACGAUGAGAUCAAGCAGAACAUUCAUGCCCUUGCACGCCUCUAUGAGCUUUCGGAUCCGCGCGUGGCCGAGGUCCACGUCAAGGGUGAUCUGAUCAUUAGCGACACGGGUCGCAUCAAGACGCGAUCGCAGGCACGCACCAAUCCCGACCGAUACACCACGAUCUCAGCUCCGAUGAAGAUCGUCAAGGUCCUCAUUGAAGAGCUGGCCGCCGCAUCCGGCAACCAAGAUAUCGACGCUGCGCAGGCCGCCGCCUUGGAGGAUGCGGCCAGCGACGACGGCGACGACGACUGGGAGGACGAGCCAGGUGGUGGCGUGAUGGAUUUGAAUUUCGGGAUGACCAAGCAGCAGUUGAUGAGUUUCGGCGAGGGAGGCACAGAGAGUUCGUUUGGGGUGCGCCGCCGUGACGAUGCAACACAGGCCUUUCUGGCGGACUUCUUCCGGCGCGCCUCGCAACAAGCCGGCUUUGCGGAGGUGUUUGCAGCCUUGACUCCGGACGAGCAGUCUAAGCUCCAGGUCCUGGGCUAG